GAGAGAGCGCGCCCGUUACGCACAGCCAAGUUGGACAGCAACGUCGUUAACGCGCCUUAACGAUCCACCGGCGACCCGACCGGAUCCCUUUUGUUUUGGGGCGUUGUCAUAAACACUCCUCCGCGUUGCGCGUGACACCCAGCUCUGUCGUGCAUCCGACGCGCCGCGCGUCGUUCCCUCCGUCGCCGACUGCUCCAAAACUUCUGCGCUCACCAGCUGUUAUUGUGCACCGCGAGCGUCACGUUGUAUGCCAGCAACUACUCCGAGCCGAGGUGUCACGGCCAACCCGAGCCCAGCAUCAUCUCCUGUGGGCCUGCUCGUUGCUAACUAGGCUGCCUCUGAGCCCACAGGUGAUCCACCAGCUUCCGCGGGUUUGGAUGUCACCUCUAGAUUGGUUCAACUGAAGAUGGAAACACUGGAGUCUGAGCUGACCUGCCCGAUCUGCCUGGAGUUGUUCGAAGACCCCCUGCUCUUGCCCUGCGCCCACAGCCUGUGUUUCAACUGCGCCCACCGCAUCCUGGUGUCCCACUGCUCCACCAGCAAGCCCCUCGAGUCCAUAUCGGCCUUUCAGUGCCCCACUUGUCGUUACGUCAUCACGCUGAAUCACCGCGGCCUGGAGGGCCUUAAGCGCAAUGUGACGCUGCAGAACAUCAUUGACCGCUUUCAAAAGGCCUCCCUUAGCGGCCCCAAUUCCCCCACCGAGAGCCGCCGCCUGCAGCCGCAGCGGCCCUACACCGCCACCAUUAGCGGCACGAUUGGCGGCGGCGGCGGCGGUGGUGGCACGAGCGGAAGCAGCGCCCGGGGAAGCCCGGCCACUUCCAGCCACUCGCACCCGCACGCCACUCACGCCAACCACGCCAACCACACCAACGCAAACCACAGCCCGGCCGUGGUCGCCAAAAUGGACCCGCGCAUCAGCUGCCAGUUCUGCGAGCAGGAUCCGCCGCGCGAGGCCGUCAAGACGUGCGUCACGUGCGAGGUGUCGUACUGCGACCGCUGCCUGCGCGCAACCCACCCCAACAAGAAGCCGUUCACCAGCCACCGCCUGGUGGAGCCCGUCCCGGACACGCACAUCCGCGGCCUCACCUGCCUGGAGCACGAGAAUGAGAAGGUCAACAUGUACUGCCUGGUGGAUGACCAGCUCAUUUGUGCCCUCUGCAAGCUGGUGGGGCGCCACCGGGACCACCAGGUGUCCUCCCUCACCGAACGCUUUGACAAGCUCAAGGCUUAUCAGGUGAGCCCGGGCAGAGUGUCAGAUGCGGUAAUGGAGGCUUCAAAGACAAGCGCUGCGCAAACCCUGGAGAACAACCUGACCAACCUGGUGAAGAGGAACAGCGAACUGGAGAACCAAAUGGCAAAGCUCAUCCAGAUCUGUCAGCAGGUUGAGGUAAACACAGCAAUGCACGAAGCCAAGCUAGUGGAGGAGUGUGAUGAGCUGGUGGAGAUCAUCCGCCAGAGAAAACAGGUCAUCGCUGUGAAGAUCAAAGAAUCAAAGGUGAUGAAACUGCGCAAGUUGGCUCAGCAGAUUGCAAACUGUCGGCAGUGCCUGGAGCGCUCCAGUGCCCUCAUCACACAAGCGGAACAGAGCCUGAAGGAGAAUGACCACGCCCGCUUCCUCCAGACCGCCCGAAAUGUGGCGGAAAGGGUUGCCAUGGCCACGGCAUCCUCCCAGGUACUCAUUCCUGACGUCAACCUGAAUGAGGCGUUUGACAACUUUGCCCUUGACUUUUCUCGGGAGAAGAAGAUUCUGGAGGCACUAGAUUACCUGACAGCGCCCACCCCGCCGUCCAUCAGAGACGAGCUCUGCACCGCCUCCCACGACACCAUCACUGUUCACUGGACGUCCGAGGACGAGUUCAGCGUCACCUCCUACGAGCUGCAGUACACCAUCUACACCGGCCAGACCAAUUUCAUCAGUCUGUACAACUCGGCGGACAGCUGGAUGAUCGUGCCGAACAUCAAGCAGAACCACUACACGGUGCACGGCUUGCAGAGCGGCACCCGCUACAUCUUCUUCGUCAAGGCCAUCAACCAGGCAGGCAGCCGCAACAGCGAGCCGGCCCGCCUCAAGACCAACAGUCAACCCUUCAAGUUGGAUCCCAAGACGGCCCACAAGAAGCUGCGUCUGUCCAACGACUGUCUGACCAUGGAGAAGGACGAGAGCUCGCUGAAGAAGAGCCACACUCCGGAGCGCUUCAGCGGCACGGGCUCCUAUGGUGCAGCGGGCAAUGUCUUCAUUGACAGCGGGGGCCACUACUGGGAGGUGCUGCUGGGAGCGUCCACGUGGUAUGCCAUCGGCGUGGCUUACAAAUCGGCCCCCAAAAAUGAAUGGAGUGGCAAGAACUCGUCCUCGUGGGUGUUCUCGCGCUGCAACAACAACUUCAUGGUGCGCCAUGACGGCAAGGAGAUGCUGGUGGAGGCCAGCCUGCAGCUGAGGCGGCUCGGCGUCCUGCUGGACUACGACAACAACUCGCUGACCUUCUACGACGCCAUGAACUCCCAGCACAUUCACACCUUCGAAGUAUCCUUCCUGCUGCCCGUCGUACCCACCUUCAUGAUCUGGAACAAGUCCGUCAUGAUACUCUCGGGGCUGCCCGUCCCCGACUUUGUCGACGGCGUGGCCUCGGAUCUUCAAGAGCAGCAGCAGCAGCAGCAGCAGAUGGGCCUGUGCCGGCAAGAGUCGCCAUACCUGACCGGGAUGAAGACGUGCCACUGAAAUGGGCUCUCAUGGCCCGGGCAGGGUCCACUCAGACCUGGUCACUGAAAGGUUGACCGCGAGCUGAAAGACCUUGUGACCGAGUUCUGGUCCAUGCUCUGCAUCAGGAGCGGACCGGCUACUUUGUUAUGAAGCGUUGGAGCCAAAAAAUGUCAGUCCUGUUAGUUUUAGAGCUAUCCAAAUGAAGUCCAUCAGCAAACAGCAGCAUGGUCCCUCGACGACAAUCGUCUGUGGACCUAAAAUGUGUCUCUGGAGUCACUGAGGGCCGGGCUGGAUAUCUGGUUUGAUGACCAUUUAAGGUCUUCCUUUUUUAUUUAUCGUCCUCCUGGUCGGACCCCCGGCAGAAGAUCAAGGAGGGAAAUGUUCCCAUCGACCAUUUAGUCUUUGAAGUUCCAACAUGUGAACAGUGAGAUCACAUCUCGCCUGCUGUAGAUUAAAGAAAGACGCACAAUAGAAAGGCAGCAUAAGACAAAAGUAGUAAAUGUCUGUAUUUCUGUCAAAUGAACUUUACAUUAUAAGUCGAGUAAACUUAUCUGACCAACGCUGACCAAAGCUAAAUUAAACUGUAAAUUAACUAGCUGCCAAAGAAAAGUUUGAAAUGAUUAAAAGUGCACAUACUCUGUGCUGAGUUAGAUCAGACCGAUCUCACUCUUAGUUAGCUCAGUAUGCUAGCUGUACAGACACGGCUAAUACAACACAUAAACAUGAGAGCGGGGUCCUUCUUCUAAUCUAACUCUCCACGAGAAGGCAAGCGAAUGUCCCAAAACAUGUAUUCCUUUUGAACAUGGACUCCACCUUGCGUGUUGUAGCCUCAGUGGCUGUAGGUGGUCGUUGGUAAAAUAUCGUUCCUUGAUCUUCCUCCUAGAUUUGCUUGUAGCCUCCGGGUUUCAGGAGUCGUUAACGUUGCUCCCAGAUAUCAAUAUGAUCACAGGGGGUAGAUUUGCAUCAUGUGACUACUCGGCUUGUAUAUUAAGAGGUUUGUUGAGUAUUAGAGGACAAAGGUGUUAUUUAUGGCAAAAAAAAGAGAGCGUUUACUUUUAUUAUGAUCUCAACAUAUUAACGGUGCACUUUUCGGUUGACACUAUUUCCCCUCAGUGAGAAUUGAAGUAGAUUGAGCUGAGUUUUGGGGAUGUAAUGGGGAGGGGGAAGUGACAGCUAGCGCUACUGCUGUUUGUGUUUAAAAAAAAACAUAUUUUCAUACUUGAAUAAUUGAUAAUGGGUACUGGAUAUCAACAAUUAUUAAGUAAUGCAGUAAAAUACAGUUAAAACAAUUUGUUCAGUAUGAUCUGAAGUACUCAAUGGUUCUCUUCAUACUCAAUGGGAACCAAACAUUGGAAAACUGAAACACACCUAAAAAAUAAAAUUCAGUAUGAAAAGAACAAAUGACUGCUCCACAGUUUAAAUGGUGUUUUCACUGUGCCAGUGACUUUCCCUCCCCAUGGCUCUUUUAAUAGCAUAUAUUAACUUAGUCUUGUAUAGAAAAGGGAUGUGAUCAUCACGUGAUGAUGCUCAUGCGAUUUUUAUCAUGAUGAAAUGAUGAUAAACUAAUAGUUGUUUAUUAAAGAGAGUCGCUCUGUUUGAACUAAUCAGGGAAUAAUGGGGUUAACACUUUAACUUGCUGUCUGUCGCAAUGUCAUGGCAUGGUUGUGUUUUUCUCUGUGAUUUGUUAACACUCACACACAGGCACAUACACACACCAACAUGCACAAGUCAGGUUGCGUUUAGGUUGACCUUGUCGUGAUAAAUGCAUGAAACACUGUUGGAUCCCACACCGGUUCACUGGGUAAUUUAAAUGGCUCUUACCUUUUAAGUAGCUGAGUUCAAUCUUGUUUUUCAUCAGAGACUGACUCACCUGCAUAUUUGCCGACAGCUGACUUGACCGCCUGUUGUCACGCAUCACUAUUCAGCUUUGGCUGGAUCCAUUGUUUGCUUUUUAUUGUUAUGCGAUGGCCAAGUGUGGGUGACAGUUUCUCUCUUGAUUUGAUAUUCAGGUGGUGGCAGCAAUUCAGACAAUCAAAUCUUCAUCAUAGUUUAUGCAGACUUAAGAGAUUGUGAAACAGUCAGGAGGGAUUGUGGCAGUGACACAUUGGGUUGUGUUUUUAAGAAGAAAAGCAGAUGUUUUACAUGUUAGAUUUGACAGCUCGCAGCCAUUUUCACAUCACCUGGUAUAUACUUAAUGUUGAAUGUCAUGUAACAUUUGUAUUGACAGGCUAUGAUUUGCUUGACCUUAAAAACACGCACUGAUUUUAAUCAUUUGCUAGUACCUAUGGUUACGUAUCGUUCAAGCAAACCUCCAGUGAUUUACAACUCUAAGCUAUAGAAAGAUCCGGCAUUUAGUGUCCUCUGAGCGCAUCUUACAACCUGCUGUGGUUCUUUUAGGGAAGAACGACGAUGCGUCAUUAUUGUUUGGGGGAGAUGUUGAUUUCAUGAGCGACUGUUCAAUGCAGGAGGAGCUCCAACAUGAGGAGAGGGAGCUUGGUGAAUGUUACCUGACUUCCAGAUAUCCACCCGUUUGCAUUGGACAAUGUCGCCAACAGGCCCCAAACAGGUCAUGUGUUGAUUUGUGAUCGGGGCUGACAACCUCAACUCAUCUGUGCGAGGGUGCUUGGCCGGGUCACUGCAUGAUUACGUGACCUCGCUGCAGGUUCAUAACUCUUUUCGUAUCUUCACGUUGGGAUUUCUUAUCUUAAGUCAAGCAUAUUUGCUUUUUUGCAAAAAAAACAAACAGAAACCAUGACAAAAAUGUUCAUUACCAUGCCUAUCAGAUUUUUUGCAGUGCUUUUUCUUUUCUCGUGCCACAAUUCAAUACAGUCAAAUAUAUACAGUGAAUGCUUUUCAAUAGCUGCCCACUCCUUGUAGUAAAGUGUAAAACCCUAGAGACAAUGCAAUAGAUUCUCCGUUUUGCUUUUCUGUUUGUGGAAUUUGGGAAAUUAUUUUUUACAACUCGCUCCUUCUUUGGACCUUGAUAAACUGCACAAAAAAGACAGCGUUGCAUUCAUGCAAAGCUUUUUGUUUCCGUAGACAUGAGAGAAUUCAAAGGGGGAAAUAUAUAUUAUAUAAAGUUGUAUAUUAUACAAAAUAUAUAUGAACCAAUGUUAUUUAUGUGAAUUUAAGUCCAAUAAAAAGUCUGAU